CACGUUUUUAUUUCUCUGUUCUUAGAACACUGAUAUUUGUUCAAACUUGAAUGUACCUGACAAGCCCUGUGUGACUUCCAGUAUGUUCUGACUCUCAUGCCUGGUAACUUACCAGUUGCGAUCAGCGAUGAGGGCAUGCCCAUGUACCAGAGGCCAUUCAUGAAUGCCAAGCUCUACAUCCACUUCAUGGUAGAUUUCCCAGACUCACUGAUCCCAGACCAGUGCAAGGCCCUUGAGACCGUCCUCCUGCCCAAGCCUGUGUUGCAGCACACGGAGGAGCUAGACAAGCGCAAGAAGAAGAUGGCGUUCAACAUCGAGGAGAGACGAGGAUGCGACAGCAACUCAGGACUGCGAAGAUGGGGCCAUGCCUGGCUGUAGGCAUAUGUGGGUAUGUUGUGAGUACCAUCGGAUAAAAAAAAAAAUUCUGUGCAAUGCUGUUCUCAAC